AUGCCAGCAUACCAUUCCAUCUUCCUGGGCGAUCAGGGCGUCCAGACAAUCGGGAACUUCCCUCUCCUCCCGCUGCGCACGAAAACCCGCGGCCCAGCGUACACACUCCCUCCGCUACCACCCGGUGUGCCUGCCCACGACGUAGACCCCGACUCCGAGUCGUACGACUGCCUGGACGAGAUCCUUUCCCUAUUCCGCGCAAACACCUUUUUCAGGAACUUCGAGAUCAAAGGCCCCGCCGAUCGCAUGCUAAUCUAUGGCAUCCUCUUCGUCUCCGAGUGUCUAACCAAAGUGAAACCGAACAUGGACUCUCGCGCGGCCGAAAAGGCUCUCAUCAACGGUGCCCUCGAGCAAUUUAGCAUUCCCGGAGAACCCGGGUUUCCACUCAACCAGGCCUUUGAGGCACCCCGGGACAGAAACGAGGCCGAGGUACUGAGAAGUUAUCUCAGUCAGGUACGUCAGGAGUUGGCAAUGAGGCUCCACGCCAGGCUGUAUGAAGGGGGUGUUGGGCCGAGUAAAUGGUGGUUGAGCUUUACGAAGAGAAAAUUCAUGGGCAAGAGCUUAUAG